AUGAUUUUAACAGAUCAUCGUAUUUUAGGAACUAAUAAAAUGAGCUAUUUUGAUAAAUUAAAGAAAAAUAUGUCAAUCAAGUUACUGGAAUCCGUAAAAGGUUCUCCACAAGAUCAUCAGAAAAUCUCAAAAUUCUACGAUUCACAAAAACCAGCAACUAUUCAACAAAAAAUUCAUCUAACAAACGAACAUGAUGCUGAUGUUAGAAAAGCUUGUCGAACAUUGCCACAACUCAAGGAAUCACUUUUUCAAUUGCAUCCAGGUUGCAGACUAGAAGCAACAUUAGGCAUUGGAUAUAACAAAACUCAAGAAUGGCUUAUUCGAGCAAAUAUUCCAUUUCCAAAAUCGUUUAUAGAAUUUCAAGAAAAAGAAGGUCCUACAGGAAAAUAUAUGCCUAGUACAAAAGGCAACUUAAUGCUUCAUAUUAGAAGCAAUCGAAAAGAUCUUUGUUUUGAAUUGGGUCGACAAUUCUGUCAAUCUAUUCCUGAUGACUCUAUUGCUAAAUUGGAUGAAACUUUUGGCUUUGCGUAUAUGAGCUCAGAAACAAAUGGUCUUUCUCUAGAUUUUACUGGUUUCGAAGAUGGCAACGAAAAUCCGAAGGAAGAUGAACAGAGGGCUAAAGCGGCACUCAUAUGUGACGGACACGACAUUCCAAUUCAUGUCGGAGGGUCAUUUGCAUUAACUCAAAAAUGGAAACAUAAUCUGUUUAAAUGGAAUGAACUAUCACAAGAAGAACAAGAGAAUAUAAUGGGAAGAACGAAAGGAGAGGAAAGUAAAAAGAUUAGACCAAAAGUUUCGACAUCUCAUGUUGCUCGAACGGAUCUCAAAGAGAAUGGAAUAGACAUCAAAGUGGUUAGGCAAUCGCUACCUUAUGGAGGAAUGAAAGAGCACGGAUUGUUUUUUAUUUCUUAUGCUUCCAAUCCGAACAAACAUGAAAAACAACUAAAUAGCAUGAUUGGCAUGAAUGAUGGAAUUCAUGAUAGAAUUAUGGAUUUUUCAACACCAAUAACUGGAAAUUAUUGGUUUAUUCCUUCGAUACACGUUUAUGAAAAGAUGUUUUAG